GCAGUGUGAGUUAAUCGAUGUCAGAGCGAUUGUUGUCAAUGACAGGCUCAAGCUGGAUUUAAAGUCAUGGCGUUAAUCAGCAGAAGUUGUGGUGCUGCGGUUCGAUAUUCGUCUAAUCCUCUGUUUUUGCCAUCAAAAUGCUUUGAGGGGUCUAAUGUAUAUUGUAACAGACUGACCACUGCUGCCAACACAUCCUCAACACUCACUGAGAGGAAGAGAGACGUGAAAGAGGAUGGACUGAACCUGCAGGACUUCAUAUCUGGAGGGCUGUCAGAAAAGAGCAAGUGGGAGGAAUACAGAGGCCACCUGAAGAGACAGAAGGGAGAAAGGCUAAGGCUACCACCAUGGCUGAAAACAGAGAUCCCUAUAGGAAAGAACUACAACAAACUGAAGAACACACUUCGAGAACUGAACCUGCACACAGUCUGUGAGGAGGCCCGGUGUCCCAAUAUCGGGGAAUGCUGGGGGGGGGGAGAGUAUGCCACUUCCACAGCAACCAUUAUGUUGAUGGGGGACACAUGCACACGUGGCUGUAGGUUUUGUUCAGUUAAAACAGCGAGACGUCCUCCACCUCCUGACCCUGAGGAGCCAUAUAACACAGCUAAAGCCAUUGCAGCAUGGGGUCUGGACUAUGUAGUACUCACAUCAGUGGACCGAGACGACAUUCCUGAUGGAGGGGCUGAACACUUUGCAAAGACCGUCUCCAACCUUAAAGAAAGGAACGCUAAAAUCCUGGUAGAGUGUUUGACUCCUGAUUUCCGUGGUGAUCUGGCAGCAGUGGAGAAAAUUGCUUUGUCUGGGCUUGAUGUUUAUGCUCACAAUGUAGAGACUGUCAGAGAUUUACAGAGGCAUGUGCGUGACCCCCGUGCAAACUUCGACCAAUCACUGAGUGUUUUACGGCAUGCUAAAAAGGUGAAGCCCAGUGUGCUCACGAAGACUUCCAUCAUGCUGGGGCUCGGAGAGACAGAUACGCAGAUACGCGCAGCUCUGAAAGAGUUGAGGGACUCUGGAGUGGACUGUCUAACACUGGGGCAGUACAUGCAGCCAACCAAACGCCAUCUCAAGGUGGAAGAGUAUGUUACUCCUGAGAAGUUUGCUUACUGGGAGAAGGUUGGCCAGGAGAUGGGCUUCGUCUACACAGCCAGUGGGCCACUUGUGCGCUCCUCUUACAAAGCAGGUGAAUUUUUUUUGAAGAAUCUGCUGGAAAAGAGGAAGACUGAAGGAGCCACAGUGGCAGCAGAGUAAAACGUAUAAAUACUAUUAAUAGAAUGGUUCAUUCAAAAAUGAAAAUUCUGUAAUAAUUUAGUCUCACUCAUGUCAUUUUUCUGCGACAAAUAAUAAUACAGGGUUGGAACAACAUGUAAAUGAUGCCUGAAUUUUCAUUUUUGGUUGAACGGUCCCUUUAAGUAAACAUAUUACAAAAUUAUGUUGCAGUAACUCGAAAUGUUGUUUUAGAAAUGUAUAUUGUGUAUCAUUUAAGUAAUAUCAAUCGAAUAUAUUAAAUUCAAACUUGUCAAAGAUGAUGUUAAUUGUGUAUUUUUGUUUCAGCCAUGUUUGGCUUCUAUAUUUAAGCCUGUGAAAUGAGUAGCCAAAACUGCUUCAUUUCAUUGGUCCAUAUUUAUUUAAGAAAUACAUUUUCUUCAAUCGUUGUACAUGACCAUUAUAAACCUGUACAGUAAAGAGAUGAUUUUAUAAAAGCUACAACUGUGACUCUACAAUAAUAAAACACAGUGCAGGUUGAACAAUACAUAUCACAGGAUUAAUAACUGAUUGACAGCUAUUUGAUAUCACAUGCCAAGUUUAAAGCAACAGCAUUUUUUAAUGUCCCACUUGGUCCUAGUAUUUAAAAGUUGCCAUUCUUUCUGUUGCUGCUCCUUCAGACAUCGCUCUCACAUAAGUAAAAGAUUAUGUCAUUAAUAAAGAUUAAGUCAAUAACACUGAUAACUGUAAACAAUAAUAUACUACUAAACAGUACUGAGAUGUUAAUGUAUUAACAUCAGUUUUGUGUACAGUUAAUAUAUGUUUCAAACAUUUUCUGAAAUGGCACAGACAUGAGAACAUUCUAAAAAAUUUCAAGAAUAAUGAUUUAAGAAACUGAGACACAAAUGACACAGUGUUUAAAACAUUAAAUCACUGCAUUUUUGUGAACGGGCAUGAAAGAUAAAACUCAAUUAAGAUAAAAA